UUUUGGUGUGCGUUUGGAGGUCUCUUACUAGGUGGUAUCGUAGUCAUUUCAUAUUGGAUACGACGAUGCAGGACACUUGCAGUGAAGUCAACGCGUGCGCGCUCCAGGAGCAGGAGCUCAUCAUUGGCUGCCGGCAACAGCAGCUACAACAACAACAACAACAACAACAUCAACGGCAACUGCCACAGCAGCCGAAGCCUCUACAGUCCGCAGUACAGAAAGUCAUCACCCGAUCACAAUCAUCGACGUCGUCGUCGCCGCAUGCUGCAGUGCAUCAACUGAAGCAGCAGCAAUCCCUGCCCACCCCACUGCCCCAGCAGCAGCCAACGGCAAACUCGCACUUGCACACGCACCACCACCACAGUCACCCACACGCCUCAAAGUCCGUCUCCAUUCUAGUCUACAAGACACUGAACACGGUCUUCAAGAGCAGCCGCAAGAUCAUUGUGCGCGUCUGCGAGGUGGCCAGCGCCAAGAAAUCAUUCACCAUGUUCAAAUUCAACAAGGCUGCCCAGCAGCAGCGACUUGAUAAUCGCGCUGGCGCUGUAACCGGACACGAUCCGUUUGUCAGACCUCCCAUGCCCGAUAAGAAAGUGAAACACAUUAUGAAGAAGCUGCACAAGGCGAACGGACUGAAACGCUCCAACUCGGCCAUAGAGUUUGAUGUCUCGGCGUUGACAGCGGCCAAUCGACGCCAAAUCUACAGUAGCAAUCGUUCGGCGAGCUCGGAGCAAGAUAACUCAGAUAUGUCUGAGCACUCGGAAAAAUCGCCACUGGUGGUUAGCGCGAGGUUAGACAAUCUUGCUAGGCUAUUUUUUAGCAAAUCGAUGCCAGCGGAAACCGGAAGUAGAGAUACGAUAGAUUCAGUACUAACAACAAGACCCAACAACAUCAAGUACCAAUACUCAGCGCUGGACAGCGGCAAUGGCAUCGUCGAGCGCAGUCCACGCGAGCGUGCACAACGAGAGCGAGCACUGAAUGCCACACAGGAGUGGAUACAAAGUGCCAACGGACGUUACGAGGUGAUUGCCCAUCUGGAUGAGAUUGGUUCCAGGCAUGGCAAGAACUGGUUUCUAGUCACCGAUGCAUCCGUGCGUACCGAUCGUCUGCUGACGCUGCUGCCGCUGCCCGCAGACUGUGUGGCCUUCGAGGAUCUGCCGCCCAAUGAGAGCGCACGUGAUAUACUUAUGGAGCUGCUUGGCUCCCUGCAUCACCCAUACAUCUAUCCUGUGUUGGAUUUGGGAUUCUUGCGCAACAGCACACAUAGCUACGCCUGUCUGGUCACGCCCUUCAACUCACGGGGCAGCCUCAAAGAUCUUAUCUACAAGGCGCAAUGGAACGAACCCUGGGCACGCAAGUAUACACGCAAGCCAAAUGGUCUGCCUGUGAGCCAAGUGCAGCGCUUGGGACGCCAGAUACUGGAGGCUCUACUUUUCCUAAAGGAACGCGGCUUUCCUCUGCAUGGCCAUCUGCACAGCGGCAAUGUAAUUUUGCAGAACGGCGCAGCCAGGCUAUCGGGCCUGGAGAAUGGCCUACUGGGACUCAGCUCACGUAUCAACGCCGUCAUGUGGUCGCGUUCUGUGCCGGAAAUCGAGAAUGUUGACAUUAUAUGCUUUGGCCAUCUGCUCUACGAAAUGUGCACCGGUCAGGAGUUGACCACACCGAAGCCGUCCAUGCGUGUGCUUGAAAUGGAGCUGCAGCAUUAUCCACAAAUUGGCCAGGUGCUGGAAAUAUUAGGUCUUAUCUUUGAGCCGCCUAGCGGUGUAUGCCCCUCCGUCGAGGACUUAGUCCUAUGCGAUCUAUUUCGCAGCAUCGAUUUGCGCGAACUACGCGGUCCCUGCUUUAGUACAAUCAAACCCAGCCUUAGCCGUUCUACGCUUAAUUUGCUGCAUGCGGUGAAGAAGCGACAAUGCGCCUCACUUGGCAGCAGCUCCUUCAGCGAGACCAGCUCCCCCUGCACGCCGCCCUCAACGCCGCAUGAUCGACGCACCGGCAUCAGUCGCACCAUGGACUCAUUUGACAUAUCAAGCGAUUCGGAGGAGGGUCUGCUCGAGGAGAUUGUCGUGGGCAGCUGCUGCCAUCUGAAGAGCCUGCAGCACUAUCAGCCCCAUUGGCAUUCGGUCGGCGGCACAGCCUCGUGCUCAUUCACACGCACUCAACACAAUCAACAAUAUGCGUCCAACGAGUCGCCCAUACACUACUGCGACCAUGCGACGCUCUACUCGGAUGAUAACAGCAGCUGGGCGCAGGAGCAGCCGCCCACCAUACGCUGCAGCACCAGCAGCCAAAGCAAUCUCAAUGUCAUGCUCGCCUCCGAGGCGGAAACUGAGACGGACAAAGAGGAAUUUGAAAUAGAGCACGAGCGGGAGCAGGAGCGGGAGCAAGAGCCGUGCCCAGAGCCGGAUGACGAGGUGGCAAGCGGCUCAAAUGCAGCACAGCGACUGCAUGCCACGUCCUCAUCCACAUCCACAUUCAAUCAUCAGCUUACAGCGGACAUGUGCAACUAUAAGAACUCCAAGAGUCGACGGCUGGAGUACUCGUUGAAGUGCUUAAAGUAUGGACGUAGCAAUCCCUCGCAGGAUUCGGCCUUCGGUUCACUGACCGACAAUGAUUUGUCCAUAGGCUCCUCCAGCAUGCGCCUCAGCAGCUUUCAGUCCAUUAGCUCGCCCAUAGAUGAAGGUGUCGAAGAUAUAAUUAUAGCCACCACCACGGGUGGCAACGAAACUUGCCUGGAGUUAGCCACCAUACCACGGAGCAUGGUCUCCCAAGACUCGGCCAUUUCAUCGCCAUGCCGCGAGAGCUCACCCAGCAACUUUCUGCACAUCGACGAUGCCAUGUCGGGCAGUGGCUCCACAUCUUCAGGCUCCGGCUGCGGCUCGCUGGGCAAUUUGCGACCACAGCACUUCCCAGUGUCCUUGUCACCCAAAAUACUGGUCACGGCCACCAGCAACUCAAGCAACUCCUCGCUGGCGAGUAGCAGCAAUGCUCACCAGCCACACCAACAGCAACAGCAGCAACAAUUCGAUCCGCCCAAGAUACUGGUGAAUGAUCAGAAUUCCAUUUACACGACAUCGCCUUCGAAGCGCUCGAGCAUGAUUGAGGUCUUCUCGCAAAAGUAUCGCGUGAGCAGCUUUGAGGACAUGUCGCCCAAGCGCAGCUCGGACAAGCAACACUUGAAGCACGUGAAUCGCUUGGCCUUUCGCUCGCUGGAGGAAGAGCGACGCAUAGACAAUGCCUUUCUGCCCAUGGCGGAUCGCACGCACUCGGACAAUCGCGUCAACAUGCAAAGCGAGAAAUACAAGAAGCUGACGCAUGCCUCGUUCCGCAUAAGCAAGAACUCGACGGAUCAGUCGCCCACCCAACAUACCGCAAUGGAACUGCAGCGCACGAGCAGCGCCAGCGGUAGUCAGCGCCAGACGCUUUGGCGCGACAGCAAGUUCUAUCGGAAGACACGCAUUGCCAAGAGCAACGAUUCGCUGCUGGAGCACUCGCCCAACCACUCGAAUCAUUCGGCGCGUCUUUCGCCCAGCUCGCUGCGUGACAAUCACUCCAGUCGACGCUCGCUGAGCGGCAGCCAGCAGAUGCUGAGCGUCACCACUAGCUUCUGUGUGCCAGGCACCAGCGGUGCUGGCAAUGCGCGUCGCUAUUGCAGCUCGAAGAGCGAGGAUCUGGGGGAAUCCUCUGACUAUUUGCGCGUUAUGGAUGCUCGCAAGUCUUACUCGGAGCGACAUCUGGUGCAGCUUAAGCAAACCGCCAUCAACAACACGCACAGCGGCAGCGAGGACGAGAUAAGCUUCACCGAGGAACCGACAGUCAGCCAUGCACAUGGACAGAGGAACAUAGCCAAGCAACAACAACAAUUGAAGAUGCAGCCGCCAGCUUGCAAGCGUGGCAGCAAGCUCAGCUGGAGCAGCUGCUCGAUAAACCACCUGAAGACGACCAAUAUUAAGACCACAUCCUUGGCCACGCUAACCUGUCAAACGAAUUUAAGCCCACAAGCAUCGUCCGCCCAGGCGCCAGCCAUUGCCACUGCCACAGCCACAGCCACAGCCAAUAAGACGGCCAGCUAUCGGACACCAUCCAAGUCGCUCGAUCAGGCGCUCAACGGCGGCGGCACCAACAAUAGCAGCACCAACAGCAGCAGCAACAAUAGCAUUGCCGCCGAGGACAACAGCUCCGUGGACGAGUCGCCUUCGCGACGCACUUUGAGCGGUGCCGAACUCUCGCGCAUCUUUGUCAUGGACAUGGAUGAAGCGCCGGGUAGCAGCUGCAGCGAAGAGAAGACACCCCUGCUGGACAGCGUGGAAAUGUCGCCGAUUAGUCCAACCGAUCCACAAGCGGAUCUGGACAAGCUCUAAGCCUUUACACACUGUAAAACAAACGUAUUAAACAGCCGAAAUGCAAAGCAUGUGAUAAAUUAAGUAUGUAUGUAUGUAUAUGUAUGUGAAUGUAUAUGUAUGUAUGUAUGUCUAUGGCCCCCCCCUACGUAAGCAGUUAAUUCAAAUUUCUGGCUUGUUUAUGCGGUGGCAGCAGUAUAAUGGUUUUUGACGUUUACCAACACUAUAGACAAUAUUUAGCGUAUGGUGGCAUGACACUUUUGAAUUGUGUUUCAAUUCCAUUGUUUCAUUGCACCAUUGAGCGCAUCCCAAUCAAUUUUAUGGAUACAAAAGUUCGAAUGGGCUGCUGUUUUUUGCCUUGUGCCUCAAUAACUUUCUUCUGGUAACAAUAAUAGUUUCUUUAUAAUGUAUUGUAUAUUGUAUUGUAUUUUACGCUUAUUGUGUGAACAACAAAACGCUUUUACAGCAAUUAAAAACUCUACUGAUGCUAUUCAAACUCUCUAGACUGCUAAGCAAAUACGAAAAUCUAUUACACACAUACACACACACAAACACCUCCAUCCUUCUGAUGAUUUAUAUUUAUUAAUAGAGUGUAAGAAUUUUUGCGCAUAGUUUUCAAAUUCGAAAUUAUACGCAUUAUUUACUAGUUAAUUAUGUAGUUAAGACUAAAGCUUUGCAGCGGAUAUUUCAAAUAUUUUACUGUAGCUUAAACUCGUUUUAAAGCCCAAUAACGUGAGUGUCAACUCAAUAAAAACAACAAACAAUAUAAAAUUAAUUAAAGGGGUCACAUUUUAAAUAUAUGUAUUAACGUAAAUUU